AUGUCAGAUGUACUUAAAGAGCUAAAAGAGUAUGCUGCACUGGACCGUGAAAAUUGUCUAUUAAAGGACCUGCAAAUUAGAAUAGUUGAAGACUGCCUAACUAUAUCCAACCCAUCUACAAGCACAACCACGUGCCAGAUAUUUUCUCCUGAGGAAUACUAUCAUGUUUUAACAGACGGCGAUGCCGGAAGCACACUUCUUGACCAGCUAGCCUCUUUACUUGCGCGCCCAUAUAUGACAAAGAUUGUUGCACUCCCAGAUGCCCAUGCAGGAAAACAGUUUCCAGUUGGCAUUUCAUGCUCCUUUGACCCAAGCCACCCAGACUGCAAGAUCAUUCCAGAAAUGAUUGGGUUUGACAUAAACUGCGGUGUAAGACUGUGGGCCACAAAUAUAAAAAGAAGUGAAUUUCUUUCGAUUCGUGAGGCUUUUAUGACGCGCGCUUUUGAGUGCAUUGGGAUAAAAGACAGAAUUAUCCCGCUAUCCAAAGAGAUUGACACGGAUAAAAUACUACAGAAUGGCGUGCCGUAUUUAAUCGAGCUGGGAAUAGCAACUGAAAUGGAUGCUCUAUGCACAGAGUCAAAUGGCUGUCUGCCUGUGCAAAACGUAAAGAAGCUGCUGGACCAGAAGACGCGUGCAGCAGCAAGAAAGCAGCUGGGCACCCUGGGAGAUGGCAACCAUUACAUUGAAGUGCAGGUUGUUGGGGACGUGUUUGAUAAAGAAGUGUGUGCACGGCUUGGCCUUGAUCUCGAUACUGUUUGUGUGUCUGUGCAUACAGGCAGCAGAUCAGUAGGCAGCACCGCUGUGACAAGACUUCUAAAUAAGUGCGCAGAGCAACAAGAUGUCUAUAUGCAAACUGGAACUGUGGAGAUCCCUAUAAAUGAUCCCUUGGCAGAAAAAUACUUUGAAACUGUCAAUGCGUGCAGUAACUUUGCUUUCUGCAAUAGAGUAGUGAUAGGAAAAGAAGUAGAAGAUGUAUUCAGAGAGAUAAUCAAGGCUAAUCAGCCAUCUACUGAUGGCCCAAACACUGCGCAGCCAACCUGUGUUCCUGGCAUAGGCCUGCCCCAGGACUUCACCAUGCAAGUAAUAAGCGACUCUGCGCACAACAUUGUACGGCUGGAAGAGAGAAACGGCAAGAAAGUCGUAAGGAUACGAAAGGGAAGCACGCAGAUCGUGCCAUAUGGUGACAAAGAGCGAAAAGAGAUGGGUGCUGCAUCUGGUAAAGAAGAUGCAUCUACAUCUGAGUGCGCACAGCAAGGAAGCGUGCACUGUCCAUAUGUUGUGUCUGUUGGCGGAUCCAUGAGCACAGGCAGCUAUGUCUUGUCAGCUGGGGAAAAGGGCGAAAACGUGGAUUAUGUGACCUGCCACGGCUCUGGCAGACUUGUUCGCCGAAAGGAUGCCAAGCAGGCAGUUACAGAAGAAAGCAUCAAAGAAGAGCUUGCUAACGCGAAUGUCUCAAUGCGUGUCAGGAACAUUAACAAGAUAGGAGAAGAGUCUAGCAGAACAUAUAAGUGUAUAGACAAAGUGGUUGAGUACUGUAAAAAGACCGGACUCUCUAAUAAAGUUUGCAGACUAAUUCCCCUGGGUGGCAUCAAGGGAUAA